UUGCAUGGCGUCAUAUCCGUUCCGGGAGCGAAGCGUUGCUGCAGAAGACGAUAAACCGUGCAGCCUUAAGGGCUUCUGAAAGCAGCUUUGACCAUGGUUAAAUGCGUGGUCCAAGGCUGCCCUAACAGAAGUUACGCAAAGACUGAGCCCACAAAUCGACCUCGCAAAAGGUUUUUCAGUUUUCCUAAAGACCCAGCCAGAGUUAAAGUUUGGCUAGCCGCACUGAGAGAGACCGACAAAGUGCCUUCAGAUGAGCAUCGAAUAUGUGAAGACCACUUUCUGAAAGACCACAUAACGCAACGCGGAAUAAGUGAAGAUGCGAUACCUAUUAUGCCACCGUAUUUGGAUGGACCGCUAGCCAUGAGUGCUGGAACCGCCUCUGAUGAACAAGACGACCUCUCAGAUGCUGCCGAUUUGCAGGAUGAAGGUGGGGAGGGUCAGUCGUGGGAGGCAGAAGCCCCUGAAAGACCGGACUCCGUGGAUGAAACGGACACCUUCACUGCACAGGCAUCGGCUAUGACAUACGGUCCCCAUAAGUGCAAAGUUGAAAACGAUUUCUCCUUGCCGCGGUACCGCUGCGACGUGUCGUUGGGCCGGCUCACCAAGCGCUUCAUGGAGCUGCUGAGCACGGCCCCCAACGGCAUCGUGGACCUCAACGAGGCGGCCCGCGUCCUGGGGACCCGCAAGAGGCGCGUCUACGACGUCACCAACGUGCUGGACGGCAUCCAGCUCAUCAAGAAGCGCAGCACCAGCCAGAUCCAGUGGGUGGGUUCGAUUCCGGCCGGCGAGCUGGGCGUGCAGUGGAAGGACAAGCUCCGGGAGGAGCUGCUGGACCUGUCGGCCAUGGAGGAGGCCCUGGACGAGCUCAUCAGAGACUGCGCCCAGCAGCUCUUCUUCCUUACCGACCACAAGGAGAACGCCGACUCGGCCUAUGUGACUCAUGAGGACAUCUGCAGGAUCGAGGCCUUCCGGGAGCAGGUGGUCAUUGCCAUCAAAGCUCCUGAGGAGACCAGGCUGGAAGUCCCCACGCCCAAGGAGGAUGGUAUCCAGAUCCACCUGAAGGGCUCCAGAGGCCCCAUCAGUGUGCUGAUGUGUGAGACGGGGGGGCAGGAUUCGGAGAGGGCGGCGGGGGGCUCCUUCUCCACACUGGAGGAGAGCAGGAUACACACUACGCCUCUGCUUAAGGACAAAUCAACUCUUCCUCCCUCUGUGAAGACCCCUUAAAGACCAAAUUUACCUCUGCUCACCACUUUACUCAACACUACUCUUUGCCCUCUGAGAGACUUUCAUCAUAGACAUUACAAAUUGCAGUACAAUGAGCCAUUUGCUCUGGCUGAGUCUUUUUCUGGGACACUUAUAAGUUAAUUUGUAUUUCUUAGCUGAUAUUUUGAGGAGUAGGUUUUAUUUUAUUUUUUUGUACAAGAGACAAACCUUUCAUGUAAGGAGAAGUGCAUGGAGCUCAAAUUGUAUCAAAAUGAUUAUGAUAGUAGAUUUAUUUUUAUACAUAUAAUUUUAAGAUGAGAACACGAAAGAAAAAUGAUCAUGUGUCAUGAGUCCCUUGGUGACUGAGCGAAUGACAUGCAGAUUAAAGUGUUGAUUUAUCCUGUCUCUAUUGCACUGCAGUGUAAACAUGUAGGCAUUUUAAUUUUGCUGCAAAGAAAAUAAUGUAAGGCUGCAAAUUAUGUACUCCUGAAAUGUGUGCCUAGACAAUGUGAAUAUUAAACAAAUGUAUACCUAUAAAA